GCUACUCAUUCUGAACCCACAGUUCAAAAUGGCAAUGAUUCUGUCCCUAUAGAACGACCUUACUCAAUCUUAAAUGUAGAAAACACUCCUGAAUCUAUGUCAACUCUGCAGAAGACCAAGGAAAUGUACGCCUGCGAUUUAAUGAUUGGCGAUGUGCUUAUUUCACAAGGCCUAGCUGAUUAUAAAAAACUGGCUCAGACCUGCUCUGCUAGACAAGUAGGUUUUCGUUCUGACCGUAUUUCAUGUGGCGUCCCUAUCUUGCUUGUUUUGGCUGUUCAUAUAUUAGCUGAUCAAUGUUUCCUAGUGGGCAGUGUGCGACGAUGGCAAGAAACCGACUUCCUCGUCGUAUGUCUCAGCCCUCUUGCCGAACUUGUACCUUGUCUGCCGCCCUUCUUAUCUGAUCCUCGUGAACCUUUUGUCCGCAAAGACCGUUCCAUAAACGAAUCGGAUGCAAUAGAGGCUUUCCAAGUCGUUAAUCCGAAGCCAAUUGACGAGCUAUGGCUAUACACUGCCUUGCCUGUGGAUAAUGACUGCUGGGAAAAUCUUCCUGUUGAGCAGCUUUUAGCUCAAUCUGCCGAGUUUAGCCAAAUGAACAUCUCUUUCGAGAUUGAAGUCGACACUCGGACCGGCGAGUUUCUAUGCUAUUGUCUUGUAGACGGCCAGCGCUGUUGUGACCUUAUUACUUACCACACUGGGCCUCCAACUUCUUGUAGCUCCGUCGCCACUGUAUGGCCAUCAUUCACUCGGAAAUCCAUUGGGUCAGACUGCUUUUCCCAAGUAACUUCAAGUGAUAAUCAAUCUGCUUCCUCAGAACCCAAUAAGCCUUUUAAAGCUGAUUAUGGGAUUAUAGGUGUUGGUUGUGCAGUAUCCAAAACAGCUCCUCUUGCCAGAGAACUUGCGGCUCGUUCUCUCGUAGACUGGUGUCGAGAAAAACAGCCUAUUCGCCAUUGA